UAGAAACUUUAUUUAACAAUAUAGUGGCUUUAACUUGGAAGCCUAAAGCAGCCACUUCUAAGCCUUUAGGGCAGUAGUCUGUUUUCCUGACUCUGUAUCUAUCCAGCGGAGCGCACAUUCAUGUGUCUCACACAGGGGAAGAUGUUGCUUUUUCUUCUGCUCGUCUUCUGUCUCGGGGGGACGGAGUCUGCUGCGGACUCGUACGUGGCUGCCGUGUACGAGCACAGAGUCGUCCUGAACCCAGACCCACGCGUCCCGGUGUCCCGCCGCGAAGCCCUGAUCCACAUGCAGAAGAACCUGGACGUCUACGAGGAGCAGGCUGCCAUAGCUGCACAGCAGGGUGCCCAGAUAAUUGUGUUUCCAGAAGAUGGCCUUCAGGGUUUUAACUUCACCCGUUCAUCCAUUUCCGGAUACUUGGAGACCGUUCCUGACCCUCAGGAGGAGAGCUGGAACCCUUGCACCGAGCCGCACCGACACAACAACACUGAGGUUCUCCAGCGACUGAGCUGCAUGGCCCGUACCCACAACCUCUACCUGGUGGCAAACAUGGCCGAUCAGCAGCCCUGUCCCCUGAAGACAGCCCCGUCCUCGUGUCCCCCCGAUGGACACUGGCAGUUCAACACCAAUGUGGCUUUCAGUUCUGAUGGCCUGCUUGUGGCACGCUACCAUAAACAGAACCUCUACUUUGAGGAGUCCUUUGAUACGCCUCCAAAGCUGGAAGUUAUUACAUUUGAUACACCUUUUGCUGGGAAGUUUGGCCUCAUCAUCUGCUUUGACAUCCUGUUCCACGAUCCUGCAAUAGUCCUGGUGGAAAGGGGUGUGCGGCAGGUGAUUUUCCCCACAGCUUGGAUGAACGCGCUCCCCUUGCUGGACUCUAUCCAGUUUCACCGGGCCUUCAGUCUGGGGGCAAACGUUACUGUGCUAUCUGCCAACAUUCGUAACGACCGGCUGAUCAUGACAGGAAGCGGCAUCUUCACCCCGUUCUCUGCUACCUUCCACCAUGCCGUGAAGGAAGACCCAGAGGAGGGCAGGCUGCUCGUGGCCAGAGUUCCAGUCUUAGAGCCGAUGGGGGUGGAUGAAGAGGCUGAAUCCACAUCAUCCGGGCCUUCAGAGUCUGGUCACUGCUACAAAGACAGAUGUCCUGGUUCUCCUUCACCUGCUCCCUCCUCCAACCCCACCUUCACUGCAUACAUGAUGCGUGACCCAUUUAAAUUUGUCCUCAUAAACAAGUCAGAGGACAAUGUCACAGUGUGUGACGGUACGUUCUGCUGCCAUCUCCAGUACAAGUGGACAGCACAUGACCAAAAGAAGGAACUGUAUGCUCUGGGAGCAUUUGCAGGAACGCACACCGUGCAUGGACGUUAUGCCUUGCAGGUGUGUGCAGCGGUCCGCUGCGCAGGGCUGGAGCCCAGCUCCUGUGGACAGAAAGUGGAGGAGGCGGAGUCCAAGAUGGACUUCCUGUUGGAGGCGACAUUUCAGACAAAAUACGUGUACCCUUCAGUUCUGGUGAACCGCAUGGUGCUGGAGCAGCCAAAGCUGGAGAGAGCUGCAGGUGGGAGGGUGGCCAUGAUGCAGUCUAACCUGAGUGGUGGCCUGAUCACUGCCUGCCUGUAUGGACGAAUGUACCACCUGGAUAAUGAGGGACUUGCUGUGCAAUGAGUUGUAAGUAGCUUAGCAUGAAGAUGUCUGUAGCAGAGAGUAUACAGGACUUGAAGGAAAUAUGCCAUCCUUGCACAAGUGAGGAGGUUGGUAGCUAUAAAGAGUAGACUUUUGUGCAUCCCUGGCUGGAUCUGAAGGGAUUUAUCAAGAUGGUUGGAUGCAAAGUUAAAUUUGACAUUGUUGCCAUUAGCUAUAGAAUUGAGCAAAGGAAAGCAUCAAUUGGGAUUAUUAGUUAUUUUUUUGAUUAAUCACUUGGAUUAAUCAUUAAUGGCACCACUGUCCAGUGUCUAUAGAUAACCAUACAAGCGUAAUUUACACUAGGCCUGCCCUGGAUUCACCAAUUUUCUUGUCCAGUUUUAUAAUCAUACAUCUGUUGCCCUAACAGCUAAGCUUGGAUGCACAUCUACAUUCCAAUAAAGAUUCUUGAUGCCUCUGAAA